AGCGAUUUGGCUGACAUUUGGAAUGGCAAUAGAUUAAACUGGAUUAACAUAUACCUAGGCUACUUUCAUCCCGAUAAAAGUUCUAGGUUCUCGGGGGAUUCGUGAAAAACUCAAACGAAGUCGCGGGCGUCCGCUAGUAUAUAUCUAUUCUGUUCUGAUGCAUCACGACACGAUACGACAAAUAUAAACCCUGAAUUAUACAGGGUGUUACGGAGUAUUUCCCAUAACUUCAAGAUUGACAAAUUCACGAGGAGACGAACUGCAUUAUGGUCCUUAGACGUUUUUAAUUAAUUUUUCUUAAAGAAUAUAACCCAGAGUUAUGGGAAAAUACUCCCGAGCAUCCUGUAUAGUACUCUAAUUAAUUACUUUAAACCUACAGACAAUCUUUGUUAUAUUAAUAUAGAUAAGAAUUUAAUUUACCUAUAGAUAUUUGCAACUUUAGUCAGUAGCUAUUUAUUUCGUAAUGGUUGCUCGUUGAUAUUGUUAUUAUAACAAUUCAAUAUGUUUCAAAUUUUAUUUAUAUCUUUCGUGGCUUGUUUGCUGACAUGGGUGUAUUGGAGAUGGCUGAGAGUGAGGAGCUACUGGGCGGAGCGCGGCGUGCCUCACUUACCGCCCAAUCCCAUCUUGGGCAGUUUGACGUUCCUACAAAAGCAAAAUGCGGGGGUGUGGAUGCGGCGCAUGUACGAACGCUUCAAGACCCCCUACAUCGGUAUCUGGCUGUUCUGGAGACCAGCCCUCAUCGUCAACUCGCCCGAGCUCGCGCGCCUGGUGCUGGUGAAGGACUCCGCCAACUUCAGGAACCGCUUCGUGUCGGGCGGGGCGGCAGAUCCUAUUGGAAAGCUCAAUUUGUUCACCAUCAAGGACCCGGAAUGGACUAACAUACGGCGUCGUUUGACCACCCCGUUCACAGCAGCCAAGCUCAGAAUCUUACAAGACUUUAUACGAUCCAAGGCUAUGGAACUGGCCCAAAGAAUAAAAGUAGAACAGAAAAGCCGAAUACAUCUAAAGAAACUAUUCGCGGACUAUUCAACAGACGUAAUAGGCACGUCAGCGUUUGGUGUAGCCUGCGACGCCACGCUGACUGGUAGAAGUCAUCUGCGGACGGUGACGGAACAGUUUACGCAGUUCAGUGUGUUGCGCGGCAUCGGAUGGUGUAGCAUGUUCUUCUUUCCAGAAACUGUUGACUUUUUUCGAUUCAAGUUUUUCCCAAAAACAUCAACAGACUACUUCAAGAGGGUGUAUCGUGCUGCAGUAGCUCAGAGAGAGGCGCAGUCUCACGACGUCGAGUCCAAGGACCUGCUCGAUGUUUUGUUGAAAAUUAAAAAAGAAAGCGAAGAACAGAAUCUAGGUUACUCAGAAGACUUCAUAGUAGCUCAAGCAGCGAUAUUUCUCUCCGGUGGCUACGACACGUCUGGAUCUUUGUUGGCUUUUAUGACUUAUGAAUUAGCCUAUUAUCCUGAAAUACAGGAUAAACUAUACGAGUACCUUCUAGAAGCCAAGGAACGCAAUGGUAGCGAUGUCUUUACUUCAGAUCAACUGGCAGAUAUGACCUAUCUGAACUAUGUUAUCAAAGAGGGUCUUCGUAAGUAUUCACCAAUGAGUUGGCUGGACAGGGUCGCAGCGGACGACUACAAAGUUGACGACAAGUUGACCAUCAAAGCUGGCACCCCGGUGUACGUUAACGGAGUCGGCAUGGCGUACGACCCUGACUACUUCCCCGACCCUGACAAGUUCGACCCUGACAGAUUUACGCCGGAAAAUGAACAAAACAUCAAGCCUUAUACAUACAUGCCUUUUGGAGAAGGCCCUAGGAUUUGUAUAGGUAUGAGGUUUGGCUUGAUGACGGUGCGGUUUGCAAUGGUGGCGAUAUAUCUGAACUACAAAGUUGUGCCAGUGCCAGACAUGCCACAUCCAGUAGACGUCACCGUUGAGAAAAGAGGAAUGUUCUACACCCCCGGUGAAGUGCUAUCUGUGGAAUUUGUUCCUAGAGCAUAGAUCCGUGAGCGCUUACAGGAACUGUGAUCGUGGAAUUGGAGAAUCUUACACGAAAUUUUAAGUUCUGAAAAUACAUUUUUAAAUGGUUUUCAGUGGUUGGCAGUGAUAAUUAUAUUAAAAAAAAUCUCCUGGCUUUGUUAAAAAAUCGCUUUAUUUACGCAUUCAAUUACUCGAGUUUUCGAUAACCCGAAUAUUAUAUACAUGUAUAAUGAGCAUGAAAAUUAUGAUGACAGUGUAAACUUUGUGUAUUACAAUUAUAAAUACUCUUUGUAUUGUUAAUAAACGUUUGGAAAUCUGUAAAUGAAAAUAAAGACUCUUAACUUAUAAUAAUAAUAUUAAAUUAUGAUUAUGUACUUAUAAUUAUUUUUCAUGGAUGAUGGGAUGAUGGUGGUGUCUUGACAAACAAAGAAUCUUUCGUAUAUUAAUAAUAAAUCAAAAUAUAAAUAUACGGAAGACUCUUUGUUUUUAAAUGCUUUAUUUACUUAACCAAUUGUUAUUAAAAUCAUUCGCGCUAUUGAUGUUACAGAAGUUACUUAGUUACUUAGCUUUAUGGAAUAAUUAUUAUAUGGAGGAGAAUAAUAAAAAAAAAGUUUUAAACAAGGAAAAGUCAAGCAAUAGCUAGUUAUACAAGGACUUAUAUUAAAAUAAUAGAAUAGAAAAAUUCGUUCGUUCGGGAGAAAUAUAAAUGUUUUCAUAAUGGAGAUUUAAUGAAUUCCUAUCCUACUCAUACUUUCCCAAUCAUAAUCCAAGAACUUGUUGAGAAUAAAUCUCAAUACAGAGAUGUCG